AUCAAUACUCUGUAAAUGUAAUCCAACAGAGAUAGAGCAGAGCGACUAUGUGACGGCCACACAUGGCCUGCGCUUCCGCUUCCUUCACCUUCAAACCGCUGCAAAAGGCUCAGCUUCAGCUCUCUCCCUUCUCCUACUGUAAGUAUUCAUUAAUGCUCAACCCUUUUAAGAUCUACACCUCAUAUUUCCCUUCAACCAAACUCUCACUUGAAGUUGAUAUACAUGUUACUCGCUUGGAAACAGACCGGGAAAUCUCAAGAAUCAUACCGCGUAGCGUAAAUCAUAGUGAAACUGGUUCUGGGUUGUCUUCUUUUAGUUCUAAAGUCAGCAGGGUUAGUAGAAAACAUUCAAAAAAUAACCAUGCAGUAGAAAACGUUGAGAAAAGGGUCGUAUUAAAAGAAGGGCAUGGGGUAAAUGGGUUAAAUUCACGAAAAAGAGGGGAAUUAAGCCCUGAAAUUUCUAUUGUUAAAUCCAAAAAUGGGUCUUCUGGAAAGAAGGAUGAGAAAAAUGUUGAGAAAAGAGUCGUAUUAAAAGAAGGGCAUGGGAUAAAUGGGUUAAAUUCACGAAAAGGAGGGGAAUUAAGCUCUGAAAUUUCUAUUGUUAAAUCCAAAAAUGGGUCUUCUGGAAAGAAGGAUGAGAAAAAUGUUGAGAAAAGAGUUGUAUUAAAAGAAGGGCAGGGGGUAAAUGGGUUAAAUUCACGAAAAAGAGGGGAAUUAAGCUCUGAAAUUUAUAUUGUUAAAUCCAAAAAUGGGUCUUCUGGAAAGAAGGAUGAGAAAAAUGUUGAUAAAAGAGUUGUAUUAAAAGAAGGGCAUGGGGUAAAUGGGUUAAAUUCACGAAAAAGAGGGGAAUUAAGCUCUGAAAUUUCUAUUGUUAAAUCCAAAAAUGGGUCUUCUGGAAAGAAGGAUGAGAAAAGUCAGAGGGUAGAGCAGAAAUCAAGAAAGAAUGAUGGCAAGGAGGUGGCAAUGGAGCAAAAGGAAAAAGGAUCUAGUAAAGGUAAGGUACACUCACCGGAAGCUAAGUUGAGGCUAGGGUUGGAUAUGUGCUCGAAAAGAGGGGAUUUUUGGGGGGCAAUUAGGCUGUUUGAGUUGGCUAGGAAGGAGGGAGUAAGAAUUGGGCAAUACCAUUAUUCUGUGCUUCUGUAUCUUUGUUCUUCUGCGGCUACUGGUUUUCUGCAGCCUGCAAAAAGCGGGAGUGGUAGUAGGAGUUUGAAUCCGUUAGAAUCCAAGGAGGUUAGUAGUGUGGGGUUUGAAGAUAAUAGUGAAUUUUCUCAAAUGGAAAAUAGAAAACCUUAUGGAGGAGAGAAUGGUUUGACAGUAGAUAGCUCUUUGGAAAAUCAAUUGCAUGUUAAUGUUUUUCCAUCAAAAGUAACGGAACAUAAUUCUCAAAGUACGUUUAGUUGGAGUGAAUCGUUGAGCACGCCUUUGGACUCUUCUCCUCAAACUCUAGAUGAAUUAGUUCAGUUGAUGAAGACUAGUGUCAAGCCUUCUGAGGUAAAAGAUGCAAGGGAUCAACAGGAAGGCUAUAUAAUUCAAGUAGGCCAAGAUGUCAAGAGCUUUGCCCUUCGAAAGGGUUUUGAAAUAUGUGAGUUGAUGCGUUCAGAAAAGGUUCCAAUGAAUGAGGCAACUUUCACAUCCAUGGCUAGACUGGCAAUGUCUUUAGGCGAUGGUGAUAAGGCAUUUGAUGUGGUGAAGCAAAUGAAGGAAUGUGGGAUAGAUCCAAGACUACGAUCCUAUGGUCCUGCUCUUAGUGUUUUCUGCAAUAGCGGAGAUGUUGAGAAAGCAUUCAUGGUUGAAGGACAUAUGCUGGAGAAUGGGGUUUAUCCAGAGGAGCCUGAACUAGAAGCACUAUUGAAAUUAAGUGUUGAGGCUAAAAGGAGUGAUAAGGUCUAUUAUUUAUUGCAUAAACUUAGAACGAGUGUUAGGCAGGUUUCUCCUUAUACUGCUGAUUUGAUUGAGGAAUGGUUUCAUAGUAAGGCUGCUUCUGGAGCGGGAAAAAGCAAAUGGGAUCAAAGAUUAAUUACGAAAGCAAUUGAAAAUGGAGGCGGAGGUUGGCAUGGACAAGGCUGGUUGGGAAAUGGAAAAUGGACUGUUUUGCGUAAAACCGUGGGAUCUGAUGGCUUCUGUAAAUGUUGUGGUGAACAAUUAGCAACCAUUGACCUAGAUCCUGAAGAAACUGAGAAUUUUGCCAAAUCAGUCGCAUCUAUAGCUUCACAGAGAGAGAAGCAUUUAAAUUUUCAGAAAUUUCAAAAAUGGCUCGACGACCAUGGACCUUUUGAAGCAAUUGUUGAUGGAGCAAACGUUGGCCUCUUCAGCCAAGGAAAAUUUCAACCCUCUAAGGUCAAUGCUGUUGCGAAUGGAAUUCGUCAGAUGCUUCCUUCUAAAAGAUGGCCUCUUAUAAUCUUGCAUAAUAGACGAGUUUCUGGUGUAAACAAGGCACUUGUACAGAAGUGGAGAACUGCUGAUGCACUCUAUGAAACACCUACCGGUUCGAAUGAUGAUUGGUACUGGUUAUAUGCAGCUAUAAAGUUCAGAUGCUUAAUUGUGACAAAUGAUGAAAUGAGAGAUCAUUUGUUUCAAUUACUCGGAAAUGACUUUUUCCCUAAAUGGAAAGAGCGACAUCAGGUGCAUUUUGGUUUCUCGGAAAUAGGUCAAGUAUUUCACAUGCCUCCCCCAUAUUCUGUUGUAAUCCAGGAGUCAGAAAAAGGUCACUGGCACAUUCCAAUUGCAUCAGAGCUUGAAUCUGAAGGGGAUAGGACGUGGUUAUGUGUUACACGGACUAACCCACACACGACAGGGAAGAAUUCUCCUAAUGUAUCCAAAGAAACAGAAGUUUCGAACCAUAAGGAGAAAGAUGUAAGCUCAAGUACUCAAAAGAAAACUCGAAAAGAAGUGACUAGAAGGAAGCAUGGCAACAAUGAGAAGAUUAGUCCAGAGGUACCCAAAGAGACGUGUGCAAAUCUAAAAGGUGUUCUACGAUCAUCGAGAUCUCCAAAUCAGAAAAUGAUUCUUCAAGAACUCGAGUCUGCAGAGACACUUGGCAGCUGCAUAAUUGAUUUCCAAAUAUAAUGUAUGUGACCGAGGCCUUCAGAAUCAUCAGGACCUUGUUUGGCACUUGAGCUGACGAAGAAAAUCUGAUCAACAGUUUCACGGUUUUGAUCCUCUUGCCUUCUUCUUUCACCCUAUAAACUAUCCUAACCGAAUGAGCUGACUACAAUUCUGCAAUGUUCUUCAUUAGUGAGUUUAUUUUUUUCCACCAUAGCCGUAACGAGGUAGUAGAAGUGUGGAUGCUGCUGAAGAAAGAGAUUCCUCCAGCUUCUCAAAUUUCACCUGAGUGUUCAAGUUGAGGGAAAAAUUUAUUGUGCAUAGAGUAUUUUAGUGUGCUCUAAAUCAGCAAAACACAGCCCUUUUUGGCUCAUGGUGUGUUCCCUAGUACCUAAGACAGUGGAAGUUGCAUUUUGUCUGUUUUGGUUGUUUCAAGGCUGGAAAUUAUGAUUUCUGAGCUGCCAUUUUUAUAAUCACCUUGCAUGUGCCUUGCAUUUUUGGA